UGUGUGUGUGUGUGUGUGUGUGUGUGUGUGUGUGUGUGUGUCUCCUCCCCGGCCGCAUGAGAUGAGCUGUCUGCAGCUACUAUUUUCGCCUCCUCCUCCUCUUCUUGCCUCUGUCUAUCUGUCCAGUCCGGGAAUGUUGACCACCGUGCCCUGAGAGAUCCAACGCCGCCGAGUGUCCCUUCAUCUUCUGACUGCCACUCUCCUUGUUUGUCUCUGAGGGUCCUAGCCUGCCUCAACUGAACUGGCUGUAAGGUUCUGCUCUGUUCAUCUUGUCCGAAACUGAUCCAACCAAUCCAAUUGUGCAAAAGAGCUGAGAAACACACAACAUGGCUGUGGCCGGAUGUCCGGAUUAUUUCCUGCAUCAUCCUAAUUAUCAGCAGGACAAUAUAGACCUGUCCUCCAAUCACAGACAAGCUGACCUCAUUGGUCCGAGCUUCCAGCAAUCAGCCAAUCGGAGUUCUCCUAACCAUCAAGAGGAUGACGUCGAUUUGGAGGCCCUGGUGAAUGAUAUGAACUCUUCGCAGGAGAGCCUGUAUUCCACCUGCAGUGGUCAGCAGACAGAGUCCACCCCACUACUGCACAAUGGACAAACCUCUUCCUCACACCACAAUCACAUGCAACACAACCAGCCUCGGCAGGGUCAGCACUUACAUGCGCUAACCCACGUCUCCCCAGAGCCAUCCUCCUCCUCCUCGUCUGCGGACUCACCUCAAACCAGCCUCCGACGGUCGCAACCCAUGCACAUCCUCGCUGUCCGGAGGUUGCAGGAGGAGGAGCAGCAGCUGAGGACAUCAUCUCUCCCGGCCAUCCCCAACCCCUUCCCAGAGCUCUGCAGUCCAGCAAGCUCCCCUGUCCUCAGUCCUGGGUCUCUACCCCCUGGAGAACCCUCCACUGGCAAAUAUAUUGUGAAGAUCUUCACUGAAGACGGUAUGGGUAAAGUGGUGGAGAUCCCAGCCGACAUGACAGCCAGGGACCUGUGCCAACUCCUGGUUUAUAAAAGCCAUUGUGUGGAUGACAACAGUUGGGCACUUGUUGAACACCACCCGCUGCUAGGGCUAGAGCGCUGUCUAGAAGACCAUGAACUGGUGGUUCAGGUCCAGGCCUCAAUGAACAGCGACGGUAGAUUCCUCUUCAGGAAGAACUAUGCCAAAUAUGAAUUCUUCAGAAACCCCCUGGCAUUUUUCCCGGAGCACAUGGUUGCGUGGUGCCAGGACACCAAUCGUAUGAUUCCACCAUCUCAGCUCCUUCAGAACUUCCUAGCGACCAGUAGCUGUCCAGAGAUCCAGGGGUAUCUGUAUGUGAAGGAGGUGGGUAGAAAGUCAUGGAAGAAAGUUUACGUGUUCCUGCGGCGCUCAGGACUCUACUGCUCUACAAAAGGAACAUCAAAGGAGCCCAGACAUCUACAGUUACUAGCAGACAUUGAAGACAGCAACAUCUUCACUGUCAUCACAGGCAAAAAGCAGCACGGUGCACCCACAGACUACGAGUUCUGUAUCAAGCCCAAUAAAUGUCGAGGGGAGUUGAAGGAGUUGAGGAUGCUUUGUGCGGAGGAUGAACAGGGCAGGACCUGUUGGAUGACUGCCUUCCGGCUUUUUAAGUAUGGGAUUGUGUUGUACCAGAAUUAUAAGAUUCCCCAACAAAGAAAAACCUUACUAUCACAUUUCUCAGCACCUGUGCGGAGCGUAUCGGAGAACUCCCUUGUGGCCAUGGAUUUCUCAGGGAGGAUAGGCAGGGUGAUUGACAACCCUGUAGAAGCUCAGAGCGCUGCCAUGGAGGAGGGACAUGCAUGGAGGAAGAGGAGUCAACGAAUGAACAUAUUAGGCUCCCACAGUCCAUUACACCACUCCUCACUAAGCUCAGUCAUCCACAUAGCUCAGUUGUGGUUCCACGGCAGGAUAACCAGAGAAGAAUCCCAUCGCAUUAUUCAUCAGCAGGGACAAGUCGAUGGGUUGUUUCUGCUGAGAGUCAGUCAGAGUAACCCCAAGGCGUUUGUGCUCACAUUGUGCCAUCACCAGAAAAUCAAACAUUUCCAGAUACUACCGUGUGAAGAGGACGGCCAAGUCUUCUUCAGCCUUGACGACGGCGCCACCAAAUUCACCGACCUGAUUCAGCUGGUGGAGUUCUACCAGCUCAACAGAGGAGUGCUGCCUUGUAAACUCAGACACCCGUGUACCGUCGUGGCCUUAUGACAUAUUCAGAUCAUCUGACCCCAUGACUCCUAUCACUUGACCUGACUCUGCCUAAAACAAACAAAACAACAAAAAUCCUUCAGUUGGUUGGUUCUUUUUUUGUUUUUAUCUUUGCAAGAAGCUGGUGAAUUGACUGAUGUUCCGUUGUCAUUUUAUAUUGCCGUGAGUCUGCCGGAGACUGCUGACUUGUUGGAAUCCUUUUGCAUGGAUGUUUUUGAGGAGUCGGAUGCACAACUUGCAAUACAGGUUCCUCAGUCAAGAAGAGAAAGGAAAUGAACACUGCCGUUUGAGUCAAUGCUGUUGCAAAAUCUUCCACAAUCUUGCUACCGGUAGUCAUCAAUAAGCUUGGACACAGUAACUCAAAGUUUUAUCACGCAGCUCAAGUGUAGAGACUGCGUUUCCCCUUCCACUGGACAAUCAGCAGGACAGUUCAAGCUUUCGCGUGUGGGCCACUCAGCACUCUGAGAACAAACUGUAGUCUCAUUCAAACUUCAUCACACGUCCUCAAACAAUAUACUGUAGCUGGAGAGUUGACUGUCUCUUAGUUUUGCACUCAUCAAACUGGGAGUGGCCUUUGACGGUGAAUGACUUCUACGCUGUCUUAACUGUGAGAUAGUGCCACCGCCCUCUAGUGUCAUAGGCGUGUAAGGAAAUCCAACAUAGACUAGAUUUGGAGGUGCCAGAAAGACUGUUGCUUUUGAAUCCUUUUGAGGUGUGUCGAGUCAAUCUAGCCUGGAGAAAAAUGGCUAAGGAAAAAUCUGUUUUCUUAAAAGUAUUUUUUUAAUUGCGGACAAUACAAAAUCUGCAGUGUCCACCCUCACAGAAAUAUAUUUGCUCAUCUCUCACCACACAGGGUUUCUUGCUUAAUGAUGCAUGUAUUGCAGUUAUGUUGUUAUCAAUAGUCUCUUUAAUAAUAUAUAGUUUUGAAGAUCACCUUUUGCAUUCUGGAUAUUGGCAACUUUUCAUUAUUCGCACAUGCUACAAUACAGUCAUUUGGCUUAUUUCUAUUACAUGCUGCGUAUCAAUAAAGUACGUCCCAUGUAACUUCCACAACAAAAUUAAUAAGCGUUAAUCAAACCAUGAUGUCAUUCAGGGUGAAAUAAGUAAUAAAGCUAGAGGAAGUUUGUAACCAGGUAGACAGUUUUAGUGAUUGUAAAGGUGAAAAGUGAAACCAGGUAACUAUUCAGAAGGGGGAUAUAGUAAGUGCACCCAGAUGCAGUAGUUCACUGCAGGCAAAGGCAUGAGGACACCUCUUGCAAAAGAUAAAGUGGGACAAUGGAGAGUAUCAAUCUUUUUUUCAAUUCACCUCAGCACAGGAAGGAUGACCUCUAGCAUUUCAUCAAAUCAAAGGGAACAAAAGUUACCAUUUUUGUCAAACAAAAUUAGAUCAGCCCAGCGAUACAGUGGAUCCUGUGGGAAACAUCUGUACUGGUUCUGGACCCUCUUUUUAAAAACGGUUUUACAUAUUGUUCCACAAAUUGCCUCCUACUGUAUCUGUUGGGUUGAGAUGCUGUCAGACGUAAAUGUGGCUCAGAGCACGGUUUAAUAUGCUCUGACUCCACACCAAUAGUAGACUGUGCAUUACAUUCCAUAUAAUGCAGCCUUUUUUCUGUCUGGAAGUACUUGUGGACAAAUAGUAUCACAUACACCUCCUGCCUACUGCACACCGCCUCUUUAUGAAUUUAGGCACCUCCUGCCUACUGCACACCGCCUCUUUAUGAAUUUAGGCAGACAGGCAGAAAAGUUAGCUGUUGCUAGAGUGAGUGUUGGAAAAAAUAUGUAAAGAGAGAAGAGUAUUGAAAUGAUACCUCUCUAUCUCUGCCUUCUCCUCGCCUGUCUCACCCGGUCUCAUCGCACUUUUUUUAGCCUGCUCUGAAAAUACACUGUCAGCAGUGUGGCAGCAACGUAAAACUGGAAAUUUUAGGAUGCGUAAGUACUACAGGGCUGACGAUAAUGAGAGCAUUAAACCGAAAAACAGAAGACAUAAAACUUACUGAGUUAGUUUGAGGGCACUGGAUACACCUACAUUUGUCCAAGACAGUGCAAUUGCAGCACUGCCCAGUAAAUUCAGUUCAGAAUCACCCUCUUUGAAAAGUCGCACUACAAAAUGUUUUCUAAUUUUUUGUUAUUCCUUGACUAUACAUGAAAUUUCCUAAAAGCUAAACAUUUAAAAGUUUUAUUCAGUCACAGCUUUGGUGGGUGCUCUGGUUGGGUCAACAGCCAGCAGACAAUGAGAUAUCUACAGUAUUUGUAAUGACCUGUAAUGCAACAUCAACAGCCAUGAUUAUGUACUUUGCAGUUUAUCUUAAGGUAUAUUGAACAUCUGAGAUGCAGAAUAGCCGCAUCAUAUUGACUCUCUGUGCAUGGUCACUAUUAUUUAUCUAAGAUGCAAUGACUCCAUUUUUUCUAAGUAUUGCUGCAGCAAAAUGUAUUUAUUUAUCUGGAUGUGACUGAUUACUUGAACAUUUUAGAUUUCUUUUUCUCAGCGCUGUUCUGUACUGUUUUCUAUUGUCAUUACAAUGAAAUGAUUGACCAGUGUGAUUUAUUAUUAUAAUUAUUAUUAUUAUUGUAAUGGCAUAGCAUCUAUUUUUCAAUUUUGUUUAUUCAAAAAUCAUUUUUGUCAUCAUCAAUAUGAAUGAAGUGAUGUUUUAAAGCACACUAGGGUUAACAUUGUGAUUCCAAUAGAUGACAGGUGGAGUGUUGUGAAAUUGAAAACAAAAGCAAUACCCAAGUUUCCCAAAACAUUACUCACUAUGUUGUUUUGUACACCUUUAAUUACUCUUCUCGUUUCUCCCAGAUCUAUAAAAACCGGUUCUCGUUGCACUCUUUUGUGGUGACCUAAACUAGGAAAAAUAGAUAUGAAUUAAAGUAAUGAAGCCCCAAAUGUUUUGGGAAACUGGGUCAAGUAUGCCUCAACGUUCUCAUAAUUCACUGUCAAACAACUCGCCUUGAAGAAAGAAAUGUAGAUGUAGAACAAAAACGCCCAUUACGUUCAAGUUAAACCUUCUCAAUGAAAAUCUUUAAAUGCUUAGAUUAGAUAUAAUUGAAGAAAUGCAUAACAGCAGUCCCCCCAACAUACAGACACGGUAUCGGAUUGUCACAAUUUGACAAACUGCAAUGAACAGUUAUGUGAGAAUUCCAUGUAAUUGAUACCUUACAUAGCAACAUUGUUAGAUGGGUUUCAGCAUUGACCUCCUUUCAGCUGAAUGAAGAGACCUAAUUUAGUAGGACGGUUUUAUCAUUUAUUGUGUAAAAAUUCUGUCACUGAUAUUCGAUAUGAGGAUAUUAAGAGAAAUCUGGAUUAUAACAAUACAUACAUUAUUUUGUAGUUGCUGGUUGCUGAAAGUUAUCUUAAGCUUUUGAUAUGUCACUGAAAUGUUGAUACUUGCUGUUUCUAAAUUCUAAUCUAAGUCCCCAGACAUUUGAUUCAGUCUUCCCACUCUGCACUCAUCCCCUCAACUCCCUCAUAUAUACUGUCUGUACAUAAAUUGUUUAUGACUGAUAUGAAUUACCAUGUCAACAUGUGAGGGACAUGUAGCAUUUAAGGUGGAGUGAGUAUUUGCAUAGAUACAUAUUCACUUAGUCUAAAUGAAAAAGUCAGAAAGUAAAUUUAAUUAGUGAACACAUGAAAAAUAAAUCAGGGGAUUUGGAAAACACUUAACAGAAAUGAAUGUAACUGGGUUGCUCAGGGUUGACUUGGAGCAUAUUAAAACUACUGGUCCAUCACCUCUCUGACUUUUAUGUACAAGAUGAGGAUGAUUGAUUCAUAAAUAUUUUAGUUUUUAUUUUAUUAAGCUGGGAGUUGUUACAACAGACUUUAUUUUAGUCAUGGGCACCACCAAUCUGCUAGUUUUAUUACUUGAAAAAUAUCCUUGCGGCAAAAUGGAGUAGGUCCAGUACUAUUAAAAGAGUACAGUUGACGGUGUUGUUUAUUCUAUUGUUUAAGCUGUUUAU